AAAAAACAACAAUCUCCCCUCGACUAGAGGACACCACUGGAUGUUAACGACUGUGAAACCUUCAUUAAAAAAGAGUUACGUUCUCAUAAAAGUUUUACAACUGUUAAUUUGUUCUCGGAGGAAGGCGGCAUCCUGAAYAGGGUGGUCGUGACAAGAUGGCUACUAUGGAGUGGGACGAACAUCAGGCCUACGAGGAGCUGCUGUACUGGGACAGUCUGAUCCAACAGGGCAUCAGCCUGGUUCCUGAGGAUUUUAACAGAUUCGAGGAGUUGCGUUACUGGUACGACUGCCUGUUUUACGAAGAGGAGCUGAGACAGUACCAUGAGUACAUUGCUUCUAUAGAAAAUGCUGAGGGUCUACAUGAUCAGGGGCCUGAACUGUUGUCUGAAAAUGUUUCGAAAAAAGAUCAGAAGGCCCCCGGUCCACACGAUCACGUUAUAAUGGCCAAACACUCCGAAGUGUACCCCUCAGCAGAAGAGCUGGAGCUUGUGCAGACAGUAGUUUCCCAUGUCGAGUGUGCCCUCAAGAGUGUUUCUGACCAGAUAGAUGGCAUAAAAAAUGACAGUGAAGCUGCAGAGACUGGGAGUUCAAACAGUGAAAACCGUAUCUUGCGUGGAGUUAUGAGGAUUGGCCUGGUCGCCAAUGGACUCCUACUGAAAGGAGACGAGGACCUGGAUCUGGUGUUGCUCUGUUCCAGCUGGCCUACAGGCACUCUGCUGAAACAAGUGGCUGAGAAGUUAACAAAACAGCUGGAGAUCAUUUCUGUUGGAACCUACAUGGUCAUCCCAACUCCUCAGGAUGCUACUAUUCUUGUGAAACGUACCAAGUUCUCGGUGCCGACUCUUUCUAUCCACCUGACCUCGCCUUGUGUCAGGAAAACGCAGACGGGAGAAGUAGAAACGCAAACAGUCGACGAACCGCCGGACAUGCUGGACAGGCAGAAAUGCCUCUCUGCCUUGGCGUCUCUUCGCCACGCCAAGUGGUUUCAGGCUAAGCUUAGCGACAAGAAUUCAGUCAUCGUCGUGAUCCGGGUCUUGAGGGAUUUGUGUAAACGUUUUCCCUCCAUGGAGCCCCUCUCAGGAUGGCUUCUGGAUCUGCUGGUAGAGAGGGUCGUCAGCACAGCAAAUAAAGAACUGGACGUAGGCGAAGUCUUCCGCAGAUUUUUUGAGUGCAUCUCCUCUGGAAUCCUCUUAGAAGAUUCCCCGGGCAUUAAAGACCCGUGUGAGAGGGAAGACAUGGAUGUUGCUUCGUCUCUGACUGUGCAGCAACGUGAAAACAUCACAAAGACCUCUCAGCUCAUCCUGAGGAUGUUUGCYUUUGGAAAGGUGAGCACGGUGUUUGGGGUUACUCGCAAAUUCUUCAGGCAACUAAAAUCUCUGCCUUUUACAGUCAGCAGCAGUGAGGGUUCAGUUUACCUGGGACCAUCUCCCCCAGAGCCUCCCCCAUUAAAGAGACCAUACUCGGAGCUACAGGAUCAGGGGGAGUACAGUCACAGCUUCAAAAAGCAAAAAAUGGACAACUUUGAAGAGAACCUGCCUAGGAUAUUAUUCACAAACGAUCCAAACGUAAACUCUGUGAUGCGCCUCAACCAUUACAACCCUCACCUGGAGUACCGGUUUAUAUCUCAAACUGGCCCGACCCACGUACCGGUCUUCAAGAUGGCUGUGGAUGUGAACGGGAAGACCUACGAAGAGACGGGACCGAACAAACGAGCUGCCAAACUCAACCUCGCGGCCAAGGUUCUGCAAGAUCUCGGCCUUCCAACAGGCAUGAGAACUAGGCCGGAGUACACCGGUGGUGGUCCUGCUGAGACCAAGAAACCAGRUGAUGCUAAUGCCCCAGCUGACGCUAAUGCCCCAGCUUCUACUGCAGAUCCGAAUGGUCAGGGUCCCAUCUUAACUAAAAACGGCAAAAACCCCGUGAUGGAGCUGAACGAGAAACGCCGCGGACUGAAGUACGAGGUGAUUAAACACAAAGGAUUCAACCGUCUGAAGUGCUUCGUCAUACAGGUGGAGGUCGAUGGUCAGAUGUUCACAGGGAAAGGGCUCAAUAAGAAGGAGGCGAAGGCCUACGCUGCCCUCGCUGCUUUGGAGAAGCUGUUCCCAAAUAACAGAAGCUCUUCGGCUGACAAAGACAAGCCUGAGAAGAAGAAGGCCACUUACACUGACAUGCACGUCCCAGGAUUUGGCAUCAUCCGUGGCAUUCCGUCAGACACCGYGACCCGUGGCUGGGGUCCCAACAGAGGGGGCCGCGGCAGGGGCCGGGGCCAAGGUGGACCUUUUCCCCCAGGACCAAGCUAUAACAUGACCAACUACAGCUAUGAGGGCAGCUCUGGCUCCGGCUAUCAUAAACUGUACGGCAACGCCGCAGGAAAAGCCCCUGCUAUGGGUGGUAUGGUUGGACCGGGCAGCAGCUUCAGCACAUCUUACCCCCUGAGCGCCAUGUCCUCCUCGGCGCCGGUUUUAGCCUCCAGCAGUGCCAAGGCAGAAGGCUUCCAUUCGAUGCCUCCUCCUGUGGAUCAGCAGAGCCCCUACAGCUACGGGUACGGAGGCGAGAAGAAGAAGAUGCUGAUCCAGAGUCGGAAUUCAGGGGAAGAUUUCUCCGUCUACAGCACAGCGUAUCCCAGUUCAGUCACAGGAGGACACAGCUACAAUAGUUCUGGGUGGGGGAACCAGUCGUCCUGGGGGAAUCAGCAUGGAUUUGGCUCUGAAGGAUAAAACCAGAGCUUUUCUGGACACAACACAACUUUCUGAUCCUCGAACCUCACACUGCUGUCUUUUAAUCUUCAGCCGGGAUCCAGAAAAAACACAUCUGUUAACAGAACCGUUUUUGGUGAAACUGUUGCGUUGCUCUUUUGUUUUAAUCACCUGAUAUAUGUAGUUUUUUGACACCAGAUUGUCAGUAAAGUUUACUUUUUUUAGCUUCUGUAUCAGUUUAUCAGCAGAAUGUGAUUGAGUCGAGGCUGCUUGUAGUUUUGAAAUAAAUGUUUAUCAUUGUCAUUAAGACGCUCCAAACUUUCUUUACAGAAUGACCGGUUGUUUGCGUACACUCUGUAAUUUUCAGUUUCCUUGAAAGAUUAUUGAACAUUAAAGCUGUCYGCUGAG